AUGAAGAAGAAGAUGAAGAUGAAGAAGAAGAAGAUGAAGAAGAAGAUGAAGAAGAUGAAGAAGAAGAUGAAGAUGAAGAAGAAGAAGAUGAAGAAGAAGAUGAAGAAGAUGAAGAAGAAGAAGAAGAUGAAGAUGAAGAAGAAGAUGAAGAUGAAGAUGAAGAUGAAGAUGAAGAAGAAGAAGAAGAUGAAGGAGAUGAAGAUGAAGAUGAAGAUGAAGAAGAUGAAGAUAAAGAGACACAACAAUCGUCUUCCUCAGAUCGUCUUCCUCACACCCCCUCACGCCCAGAUCCCUGCCCCCCCGGUGAACCUGCGGCACCAGGUUCUCAGCUCGGGACCCUCCGCGCCCCCGCGGGAUCAUGUGACCUCUCGUCUCAGCGACAACGUGACACAUGAGACGAAGGGAUUCCCCGCCGACAGCCGUGGUAUGUCCGGGGUCCGGGGCACGGAGGAGGCGCGUGGAGCAGCCAUUAAAGGUCCGGAGGUGACAAGGCCUUGGCACGCUCUGCCUCAGACCCCGGUGACGGACGGUCCUGACGCACGCCACGGCCUGUGGUGGCAACCCGCGUCGUCAACAUACACAGCUGUACACGGAUGCAGAUCGUAA